AUAGUACUUGUGCAGGAGAGAAGAUCCUGGAUUCAUCACUUUCUUCAAGGAGAGGAAGUUCAUGUGCACUCAAGUUCAUGUGCGAGGGACCAACACGAUCUGAGUUCUUUUUGUCUUUAACAAUUUUCUGCAGCGACGAGGAGAUGGACGAGAGUGGAUUUAUUAUUUGAGCAAGGAAAGUCGUUUUCGUAUUUUUUUCUUCCGUAUGUUUCUCCUACAUCUACUUCCUUUUUCCUACUAGUAAUUCGUUGCUGAAAACUGGCAGUUCUUUGUUUCUUGGUCAGUAUUGAGUCCUUGAUUAGCAACGGACUUGGUCGCGAUCAAAAUGGAUGUGAGCUUGAAAGAUUUGAAGUCGGCUGGAGUCCGAAAGCGGUCUCCAGGAGACGGACAAAAUGCUGGCGCCCCUUUAAGCAAGCGAGCACGCGCACCACGAUUGGAUGACGAUGAGGACGCUGACUUAGCGGAUUUAGUUGCCGACGACGAUGUUGAGUCGGCAGAGGAAGAAGAGGAAGGUUCAGACGAGAACGAGGACGCUUCAUAUAACGGCUCGGACGAUGACGACAACGAUGAUGAGGGAAUUGCAUUCAACGAUUUAGGCAAGGGCGAGUCGGAUGAAGAGGAGCAAGAGAACAGUGACGAUGUAUCCAUCUUGGAUCUAGGGAAGGCGAAGGGCGCAGUACCUUCUAAAAAGGCAUCUGCUUCAUCCUCUAGUAGUGCAGGCCAACUCUUGUCACAACAAGGUCCUCACAGCAUCUUUUCAAAUGUAAGCUCCGGAGCAUCGAGUUCAUCAACACCUGCAAGUUCAUCUGGAGCAAACUCCCUGAAUACAACCAGACUGCAGCAAGGUGGGUUACUUGCACGACCUCCACAGAGACCACGUCAGGGGAACGAACUCUCUGACGACGACGACGAGGAUGAGGAGGGCUCACAGGCAGAAGAGGUUUCUGAUUCCGAGUUAGCUCGCGAGGAAGCUGAAGCCGACCGACUCUGCAAGGAGGAAGAAGAGCAACUGGAGCGCGCUGGCCUUGUCGAUGACCUGGACGAAGUAUCUGAUCAAACAGACGCCUCCGAGUGCGAAACUCUGCCUGACAGCGACGCCAGUGACCAUGGUUCAGACCUUGAGGACUUCGUUGUGCCUGAGAAGAAAAAGAAGACUAGUACUAGUACUGGUGGCAAGGACGCUAUUGCUGGUGGUUCUGCUCAAGCUCAAUCUCAAAGGAAGAACGAGGAUUCGAAGUACGACAGUGAUGAAGAGGCACUCUACGUACCACCCAAGGAGAGCGACAAGGAGAGCAAGGCAAAAGAGGGAGAAGUUGCAGAUGAACUUGAACACCCUGGAAACAAGAAUGUCGUGGGUGAAGAUGCAGAGGGUGACUCAUCAGAGGACGGCGAGGAAGAGGAGGACGAAGAAGAGGAACCAUCCCUAGAGGGUUUCGAGGAUUCAGCUGCCGAGUUGGAGGAAGAAGGGGAUUCAGAGGAGGAAGAAGGCUCAGAGGAGGAGCCAGAGGGCUUAGAAGCCUUGGGAGGAGAGGAGGACUCGGACAAAGACGAGAAUUCGGACGAAGAUAAUGACCGUGAACCAAGAAGUGGCAGAAAGGACGCAUCUGCACCAGAAGCGAGCAAGUCAAAAGACAAAGGCUCUACAAAUGGUGAUCGAGGAGGCAACGCUUCUGAGCAAGCAGGGGACCAAGGAGGCGAGUGCAAGGACAAGCUGGAUGACGACCUGUCCGACCUGGAUCCUGUACUUCUCGAUGAUAAGACGCAGCUAGUAGACGAGAAGCCUCGUGGCGUGUGCUAUUUGCCUCGACUGCCGCCUUACAUGAGACCCGACAAGAUCCGGCAUCUGUUGGAUACCGCGAUGGGCAAGGCCGGAGCAGUAGCACGCAUUUUUCUGCGACCUGAGGACGAGAAGGCGGCGAAACACCGACAGAAAAUGUACAAUGCGAAUCGCAAAACCAAGUAUCUUGACGGCUGGGUAGAAUUCUACGACAAGAAGAAAGCGAAAAAGUGCGCUGACUGCCUCAACGCGACCCCCGUUGGAGGAAAAAAGCGGCACAACUACUAUCGAGACGACUUGUGGAAUAUCAAGUACUUAUAACGAACUGUGUGUUUUCUAAUGUGAACACUGUGUCGACGUGUAUGUCUAUCAACUAAAGUGGUGGCAAGAUAAAGAUCAAGAUCAACGUAAUAACUUCACAAUUUACCUCCUACUUCUUAUAUAUAUAUACCGUAGUUAAUUUCCAACCUUCUCUCUCAAUUUUUUUAACUUCCGACCUUCGAGGUACCUCCACAAGUUCAAAUGGAGCGAGAUCAAGGAGGAAGAGCGGUACAAUAGGCAAGUGCGCAAGCAGCGGCUGGAGCAAGAGAAUCAGCGAGCUAGGCGUGAAAAUGAAUUUCUCUUUGAGCAGGUCUUCAGGGAAAAAGUCGGCAAGAAGAUCGCAGAAAAGCGAGGAAAGUCAGGGAAAGGUUCCUCAUCCCAUACAGGAGAUGCAUCGUGUGUCCCUCUGCCUGGUGGUGAGGGUGCGCGACUAGCCCGGACCGCGAAAGAGACGGCUGCGUUGGAAAAGAAGCCGCUAAGUUCAAAGGUCCUCGCAGGAUUUUUGUGAGCCUCAGCCUUGUUCACUCGUACAUCUCACUAGCAACAACUCUCAACCACACUAUUUGUAAUGAAUGAUCUUCUGUUGCAAAGAUUUGUCGAGACCAAAUCCCGAGGAUUGUUUAUUUACCUAUGAUACACACUGUUCUAUGACCAUAGGUCAACAGUGAUG